UGACCUCAGGCUGUUACGCUUUGGACUGUACCAUUUCCCUCCUUCCUUUGCUCCUUGUUUGGGAUUUCCGUGUAGCAAAGCAACCGGAGUCGGAGGCGGCUAGAAGAGACGGGAAGGAGUGCGAGUAGCGCCCGGGCAGUUUGCCAACAAUCGUGAGAAAUCGAGCAGUGAGAAAAAUCUUGCAGCUGGUUCAGAACUGGGCCCUACAGAUGUGCCUCGUUGAUUGUACAGGAAUUCCUUAUACUUGUGUAUAUCUGUGAAGACCCAUAACCAGCAGAAUUACCAAACGUGUGUGAACUCAGAUGUCUAACCAAGGAGAUGACUGCUAUUUUUUUUUCUACUCCACCUGCACGAAGGGGGACAGCUGUGCUUUCCGGCACUGUGAGGCUGCCUUAGGAAUGAAACAGUUUGCAGGUCUGUGGCAGGAAGGUCGUUGUUCUCCGCCAAAUAUGCAAGUUCGCCACAUGGAAAUUGAUAAAAAGCGCAGUGAGAUUGCCUGCUACUGGGAAAACCAGAUCUCUGGGUGUCAGAAGGCAAACUGUGCUUUUCAUCACACAAAGGGAAGAUUUGUGGAUGGUGCAUACUUUCCUCCAAGUAAGGCAGUGGCAAAGCCUGAACCAUCUGAUCCAGAUGUGCAGACCUCUGUACUGUUGGCAGCUCCAGCUAAGCUUUCUGGGGCCCCUACGCCGCAGAUACGUGGGGUAAAAAAAAUGGAGGCUACGGAGAAUGUUCCAAGCCCUACACAUCCACCUGUGGUGAUUAAUGCAGCAGAUGAUGAUGAAGAUGAUGAUGAGUUCUGCCCAACAUGUUUAGUACCAGAAAAUCAACAAGGAACUACUGUAGUAUCUACUAGAAAAUCACUGACUCCUAGAAAAGAUGUUGACUUAAACUAUGGUAUUAAAACCCUAAAAGAAAUUAAGUCUGAAAAACAGAAGAAUCAAGGAGUAGCCAAUGAUGAUCCUCUAGCUUCCCCAGAGAUUUUAGUUUCAUCUUUCAACCAAAUCGACAGCAGCAUUUCAGUUCUGCGAACUGUCAAGUUCACCAACAAAGAUUCAACAACAAAACUUAGUUUGGCACAAAGACUGGGGAAGCGCAAAACAUUCCAUGAAAACAGCUCUAUAGGUAGUGCUUCAGGUGAAGAGGUUCUUCCUUCUGUGAAGAAAACAUUAUCAGAAAGACUUGGGAAGAGGAUUACCCCACCUACUGAUAGCCCUGAGUGUCUACCAAAGAAAGUUCAGAACCCCAGACUUGUGAAGGAUCGACUUGGUUUGCCACAAGAACAAAGCAGCACGCAAAUGGAGACAGCUGCUACUACAGCAACUGACUUCCACAUUAAGACUCUUGAAGAAAUCCGUCAGGAAAAAGCCAAUCAAAGGCUGGAGCAAGAGACCACAAGUUUACCUUCUGAAAGUAAAGAUAAAAUCUGUAUAAAAAACAAGCUUUCCUCAAAGACUCAGACAGGAAUUUACAUUAAAUCUUUGGGUGAAAUUCAAGCAGAAAAGAGGCUAAGACAACUGAAAGAUGGGAUACAGAAACGAGAAAACGCGAAAGAUGACCUAGACAACAAGGCAAAUAAGGUGAUCGGGCACACAGAUGGAAAUACAGCACAAAAUAAUACAAUCCCAACUGAUGCUACACAAAAACAGAUUAAUUUUAUUCAGAAAGUUCAGGUGGAAAGACAGUUUAAACAGCCUCUUGUAAAUGACAAUAUUUCCAGCAGUGUUGGCACCGCUAAAGCUCUUUCUGUGAGUUUAAAAGGGCCUAAACAAAGCUCACAGUCAAUAGAGAAAGUUAGAGUCAAGACACUUGAAGAGAUCAGACAAGAGAAAGCUUUCCGUCUCCAGCAAACUGCCAAAUCAGAGAAUGUGGAGUCUGUAUCUCAACCACAGGCUCCACCAAAGCACAAGAUGAGCCUUAGAUUCUCCAAAAUCCCAGGAAGUACAGAAGCAAAAAUGGACCAGUCAACUGCAGAGCCAAGCCUGCCUACAAAUAAAGCUGCUGAAGAAGAGAAUCAGGUAUCCAUGACAUUCAGAUCUCCUGUCAAAACCUCCAAUAAAGAGCCAUCUAAAAAAGAUGUGGACACCAAACCGGAGAGUGGUGCAGUUAUUACAGACUUUCGAACGUCAGCACUCACAGAUAAAAGCAAUGCAGAAGUUCUGAAGUCAACUAUACUAACCGUUCAAAAGAAAGGUAAACCAAAAUUAAAUGUUGAGCCGUGUGUGGUGAAAAAUCCAUUACCUGUCAAAGCAGCCAUGAAGCAGAAAGCACAAGAAAGAACUAUUGUUGCUGAAGUUAAACCCAUGAACUCUGCUGUAACUUGCAGCGAAGGCAAGAGGGCAGCCGAAAUGCUUCCAGUAAUAGAUUCUUCUGAGGAGCCUUCAACUGACUGUAUACCACAAAAGCGUCUCAAAAUCAGCUCCCAGGCUAGCACAUCUUUACCAAGUGCUUCUGUCACAGUACAACCAGCCUUAAAGUCUCCAAGGACAAGUACCGCAUCUGUGGGGAAAACUUCUAUGUCCACAGAGGAUGAGUUUGAUGAGCUGAUGUGGGAAAUUUCUGAUGAUAAACUAGAGGCUGAAUUGGAGCUUGAUUCAAAUAAAGAUGAAGAUGCCCUUCUUCUGGAGUUAUCAAAAAUGAUUGACAGCUGAUCCUAAAAUAAUUAAUAUUGUAAAGAUUAAGGACAUGUAAAUAAAUACCGAGGCACAGUGGUGUAUCAAUUUUUAUCGCAAGUUAGGAAAAACCUCAUAAUGGUUUGGCAUCUAGCCUUAAAUUGCGUUUACUCUGCUUAAUGUAGAUAUUCAUAUUUUCUGAUCUAAAUCCCUAGCAAAACAAAUAUAAAUUAUUUUUAGGCAAUUUAUAACUACAAACCUUUAUGUUCUGAUGCUCUUGUUUUGCCUUUUUCAAGACUAUUUUACUUGUAUUUUUAUCAUUAGACUGAAACAAGUGAUUUAAUUUUUUAUUUUUUUUAUUCUUUUUUUAUAAGAUGAAAAUUGACUUCCUUUCUAUUGGAAAUUUUGAAUUGGAAAUCAAAGUAUUCAGAAGGGCAUCUAUGUUGCUACAUUGGUGUGGUUUUUUUUUCGUAGAAAUAUUACAACUAUUACAAAUGCAUCAUUUGAUGCAAAAGUGUCCGGAGCAGCGGUUACUAUAUUAGAAGUAAAACCAAGCUGUAAUUCUUUUCUCAGGAAAAGCUUUUACUAUUGAGUCAUGCAUUAUUUUAUUAAAGACAGGUUAAAGGAAACCUUUGACUAUUUUUACUUAACCUUAUUAGAUGUACAUAUUUAUAUUUCCUAAUUCAGUAAAAAAAGAAAAAAACAGCAUUUUUAUUUUAUUGGUUAAAUCACCUUGUGUAAUGCACCAUAUUCAUUUCUAAUCUAAUCAGAAACAGAAUUUUUAUUUUAUUAGUUAAAUCAUGUAGUAUAAUGCGCCAUAUUAGUUGGCAGCAUUUAGUAAUUUCAAUUUCUGUUACUUUCGUUUAUGGGAGAUUUAUUUUUGAACAAGCUCAGGUAUCAAAGAUAAACUAUUAGCAACAGAUGAAUAUCUAGUGGAGGAGAUGAAAUGAAAGCUAUAUUUCUUCUUACUGCCAUAUUCAUGUUCACUACUGUUCCAUUUAAUGUUCAAUUUUGCACUGUAUUUUUUUUUAAAAAUCUUGUGUGAUAUUAUUACAGUAAAUACAUAACUUUUUAAUGCCUUUUUAUUUUUUUUUAUAUUUUUUUUUUUUUGCUUCUCCCAACUGCCAUGUUUUUGAAUUGUUGUACAAAAUAUUGUAUGUUGGUUGAAAUAACUGAACCAAAUAAAAUUUAACUUUGCUAUUUUCUAACA